UAUAAUCGGAUAUGGUGCUUCCUGUUUCGCUGCUUCCUAUCAAAGGUUUAUGAGCGGCUUUACUGAAAGCAACAUAGAAAUAUCUGAUGAAGAACCGAAGGAACCUGAUCCAGCUGUCCAUAUUGGUCUUUGUGACACUUCAGACAGGUGUGCUAUGUGAUGAUCCCUGUGCAGAGAGACCUGUGCCUGGUAUAGAGGGAGGAGAUGUCACCCUACAGCUGGACCAGACUGAUACUGCGGUCAGAUUCAUUUCCUGGACUCUUCUCCCGAAUGCUGGAUAUAUUGCUACAACAAAACCUGGAGGACAUAUUGAUAAUGUCAGUGGGCGCUAUGUAGGAAGAGUGAGCAGCACAGAGGACGGGUCCUUACACAUCACUGACCUGACACCUGAUGAUCAGAGCAUUUAUACAGCAUCUAUACAGAGAGACGGAGGACAGGAAUGCUUACACUUUUAUCUCACAGUAUACAGAAAUGUAUCCCCCGAUGACAUCCAGAUCGGCAAUGUCACCAGUAGUGACCCCUGCUCUGUGGCCCUGAUGUGUACGGUGACAGUACGAGAUGUGACUAUAACCUGGGGCAGUAUAGACAGCAGUGAUAUCAAUGUGACGGGAGAUGUCCUAUAUGUACCUCCCAGCCAUGUGAACUUCACCUAUACCUGUACUGCCCGGAAUCCUAUCAGUAACUCCUACAAUACUGUGGUUCCCCAGCACUACUGCAACCCAGAGAGGAGACGUGAGACGCAGGCAUCUUAUACACCAGUGACUAUAAUGCGUCUGGCGCUAUCUGCAGCUGUGUUCCUCGUCACCUGCUGUGUGCUCACCCAUCACAUGAGGACUGAAGGGAUGAGACCCUCGGGUGACAGCGGCUGACGGCUGUAUACCACAUGGGCUGCGUCUACACUGACUGAUCUGGGGUCAGACCUUAUUCAGCUUUUUUUUCCACUGUACUGGAUCUGUGAGAGAAAUAAUCCAAUAAAUGCCAAAUGGAGUUACA